AAUAAUAAAUUGUUUGGAUUACAAGUUGUGAGAAUUGUGGCUUGGUGAUUACCGUUGAUAAUUUGAUAAUAAUAUUUACUGCGUAUCUUGUAUUAGUAAUUUUAUCAUUCGGUGAGUGAAUGUGGCGGCGGAAUCUCAUAUAUUGUUAUUGCACAUCAUCCGUCAGAAUGAAUCGCACACCGGACCCAGCAAAGCAAGCCUUGAGGGAAAAAGUUGCAACUAGAAUCGCGCAACUAUCUGCCGACGAGAAGAAGCGACAGUCUGAUAUUGUUUACAGAAAAGUAAUCAACCACCCAUUCUACAAGUCAGCUCAAAGGAUAGCCAUAUUCAUGAGCACUGAUGAGGAAAUUGACACGAAACCCAUCAUAGCCCACAUCAAGGCGAAGGGGGCGGCCGCCUUCGUACCCCAGUACGCUGGAGGGAAGAUGAAGAUGCUGAAAUUGGAGCCUGAUGAUGAGAAGAUCAUGUCUUUGACCAGGCAUGGCAUAAAGCAGCAUUCGAAGGACCAGCAGAGGGAAGAUGCUUUGGAAAAAGGUUUAGAUCUGAUAAUCGCUCCGGGCGCGGCAUUCUCCAGAAGCGGCGGUCGAGUGGGCCACGGCGGAGGGUACUAUGACAAGUACAUCACACACUUACGGGCGAAUCCUAGUCCACCCAAGAUACUAGCCGUGGCUUUCAACUGCCAGAUCGUGGACGAGGUUCCCAUGAACGAGCUGGACCAAAAAAUUGACGGAGUAAUCUUCGCCGACGAUUAAUUAUAUUAUAUUACAAUAUUUAAAGCACCAAAGUUAUAUAACGGCUGAAAUUAAUAAUGAUGUAAUCAAUCUAUUCGUAGUUUGUCGAUAAGUUAGGUACUUAGCUUAGGAUAGGGCUACGUUGUUCCUAAUAAUUAUUAUCAUAAAGCGGCCAAGUGCAAGUCGGACUCGCCCAUGAAGGGUUCCGUAGCGGCAAGUAACAUCAUAUAAAAGUUCUUGUAUUACGAUAUAACUUUGAUCGAUGUUUUAAUAAUAGUGUAGUUUUUUUAAUUAAGUUUUAUUAAAAAAACUACUUACUAGAUCUCGUUCAAACCAAUUUUCGGUGGAAGUUUGCAUGGUAAUGUACAUCAUAUAUCUUUUUUAGUUUUUUCAUAUUUACCACUUUAAGGCACACAUUUAAUUUAAGGCUUUUUUUAAGGCACACAUUUUACCACUUUGGAAGUGUCUCUCGCGGAAAUUAUUCAGUUUACAAAAAAUGA